AUGGCAGAUAAAGUCCGUGAAAAGAAUCAAUACGCCUUCUUGAAACAGAAAUAUUCCGGGAUUGGAAACGCCGACACUUCUCGUGAAGAGUUCCUCACUACAGUAUACAAUGAUACCGUUGCAUCACUAGCCCAUCACAAACAUUUGAAUUACUAUAAUCUGGUUGUGACUAAUAAACAUCCGAAUUUUAUAAAACAAGAGAUGAUUAAGAAGAUAAAACCAAAGCCGGCAUCUAACGGGAAACAUAAUGAUGUUAUUACAAAGAGAUGA